UUAUUGGCGCAUAUGUGAUGACAGUGAGUGCUACAGAUGCAGACUCGCCACCUCAGUCAAACAAUAAAUAUAGCCUUGAACCAGUGUCUGAUUUGCCUAGCGAUGGAACUGAUGGGAUUUCUACGUUCAGAAUAGGGCUGGAUGAUGGUAAAAUCUUUACGAAAAUUGAACUGAAUCGUGAGGCAAUUGACAAAUACUAUGUGCUGGUAAAAGCCGAGGAUCAAUCUAUCUCCCAGUCAGCUACUGCUACCGCAACAAUUAUCGUCUUAGAUGUGAAUGACAAUGGUCCGGAAUUUUACUUAGAUCCUUACAGUCAAUCAGUUCUAGAGUCGCUUCCUGUUGGUGAUACAGUUGUGGAUAUUUUUGCGACUGAUGAAGAUAUCGGAGUUAAUGCAGAAUUAGAAUUUACAUUUUUGUCUGGGAAUGAAGGGUCAGAGUUUGGAAUUACUCGGAACCCAGUAAAUAGGCAAAAUGCUGUGAUCUACUUAAUGAAAGAACUGGAUUUUGAGACAACAGUUAAGUACGAUCUGGUUAUUGAAGCAAGUGAUCAGGAUUUCACUGACACUGCCACUGCUACAAUCAACGUACUGAAUGUAAAUGAAGCACCAGUGUUUAGAGAAGAAACGUAUGUCAAAAGUGUUGUGGAGAAUAGUAUAUCAAAUCCAUUCAUCGAAGUGUCAGCUUCAGAUGUAGAAGGAAAUAUUAUAAGUUAUGAAAUCGACCCAGCUACCAAUGUAGGGAAAUGGUUGACCAUUAAUUCAGACACAGGAAUUGUAACUCAAGUUAACCCAUUUGACCGGGAAGACAGUCCUACUCACAAUUUCAGAGUCUGGGCAAUAGAUAAUGGGAGCCCACCUGCGACUGGCUCUUGCACAAUAAGUGUCACAGUGACCGAUGUCAAUGAUGAAUGUCCACGUCUUGUGGAAGACUACAAACCAAAGACAAUGGAGAACCAAAAGCCACCUCAGGUAGUUGAGAUUAUAACAGCAAUGGAUCCAGAUGAGGGUGUGCAAACACCAUAUAAAUUCAGUAUUGUGAAUGGUGAUGUCAAGGAAGGGCAGUACACUGUCAAUGAAGCUUUUGAGUUGGAAACUAUUAGUGAUACAUCAGCAGAAAUUAGAACCCGCAAAGAAUUUGACCGGGAGUCACAGAAAUUUUAUGAAAUGGAGAUCAAAACUGAGGACAAUGAAGGUAUAUCAUGUACUUCAACUGUAACAAUCGAAAUUGGGGAUGAGAAUGACAAUCCGCAUCAGGCUGGUGAAAAAUCAAUGUCUGUCUUUACAUAUGAAGGUGGCACAUCCACAGGUGUGGGGACAAUACCUGUGGGACCGGUUAACUCACCUGAUCCAGAUGAUGAUGAUCUGGAUGAAAAAACAUUUACCAAGCUUAAUGAAGAUGAUUGGGUUUUCUUUGAUCUUGACACUGACACUGGGGUUAUCCUGAUAAAAGAAGGUACUCCAGAUGGAAUCUAUGAAAUGGAGAUCCUAGUGCAAGAUAAUAAGUUCCCAGACCAGAUAUCCACGGUGACCGUUACAGUUACUGACUUGCCAGAGGAAGCUGUCUAUAACUCAGGUUCUAUGAGAAUGUCUGGGGACUCCCAGUUCAAUGCAGCAGAGUUUGUUCGGGAACCGAACAGCAUCUAUAACACCCUGCGAACUACCCUAGCUGAAAUUCUUGGAACGCCGGAAGGCAAUGUGGAUGUUUUUAGUGUUAUGGAUGUUGAAGGUGAAAGCAAUAUGGUCGAUGUUCGCUACUCAGCUCAUGGGUCACCUUACUAUAAAGCAGAAAGAAUGGAUAUGGCAGUGAGGGCUAAUCAGCAGAAGGUGCAAGAUGCCACUGGACUUGAUCUGGAAAUGAUAGGAAUUGAUGCCUGUUACCUUGAUGAAGGGGUUUGCGAAGGCUCCUGCUACAACAACUACACCGUCACCAAAGAACCAUAUCUUAUCGAUUUGCAAACGCAGUCGUUCACAGGAAUAACGACCUACACUACUGCUGCUUGUGGGUGUGCCGGAAGAGAAGUCUUUCCGGAUGGAUGCACAUACGAUGCAUGUAUGAAUGGAGGUACAUGCACACCUACUAAUUACGGUGGAUUCAG